AUGAUGAAGAGUCCAAAGAAACAACAGCAGACAGAGUCAGUCGACUCUCGUUCACCUGCCAUUGACCCAACAGAUGUUCACACAGACACUGACGAGACACACAGUGGCAACGUACAUCAUCGAGUACCCAAACACAUGAGGCAGCCAAAGUACAUGCUCACACCGAGUGGACAGACAAGACUCAACAGCGAGGAGUAUGACAGUAUGAGCUUUGUCAAAAAGCCUCACAGCAUCCUCACAAUGGUCAUCGCUGGUUUAGUCGUUGUAUACUUUGCAUUUACAAAGGAUCAAUCUUCAGACACAAGUAUAAAGACUGGACUUCUUGGAGCAUGUGGAGCAUUCCUUUUGUUCUCAAUGCUUCAAAUGAGAGAUGGUGUGUUUGUUCGUCCACAUCCAGCCUUUUGGCGUGUAGUCAUGGGUAUGGGUGUGAUCUAUCUAUGUUCGUUGGUCUUCCUUUUGUUCCAGUCUGCAGAUGAUGCAAGGAAAUUGAUGAAGCAUAUCGAUCCAAAGUUGGGUGUCCCUCUUCCAGAGAGAUCUUACGGCGAUAACUGUGACCUUUAUACACCAAAUGACCCAAAGUCAAGCUUUAGGAACCUAAUGGAUACAAUCAAUGACGAGUUCAUUUGGGCACACUUCUUUGGCUGGUGGGGAAAGACUGUCCUUAUGCGUGAUACUGUUCUCUGCUGGACCUUGUCAAUCUCCUUUGAGAUCCUCGAGUUGACCUUUGCCCAUUGGCUACCAAACUUCCAUGAGUGUUGGUGGGAUCAUAUUAUUUUGGACAUCUUGGUAUGCAAUGCACUUGGAAUUGUUUGUGGAGUGUUGACGAUCAAGUACUUAAAGAUGAAGGAGUACAAGUGGGCAGGUAACGAGGAGAAGAAGAUCAAGAAGAAGCGCAACAUUCUUGCCCGCGCCCUCAAGCAGUUCACUCCAGUUCACUAUGAGGACUACAACUGGCAGAUCGCAUCCGAUUGGAAGAGAUUCCUUCACUACAUAUUCGUAGUAGUCUUGGUAUCAUUGAUUGAACUCAAUGCAUUCUUCUUAAAGACACUGUUGUGGAUUCCUCCACCUCACAUUAUCAACGUUCAGAGACUGGUGUUGUUGUUGUUCAUCGGAACACCUGCCCUUCGUGAAUACUACCAAUUUGUUUCUGACAAGCAAACCAAGAAGUUGGGACCAAUGGCAUGGAUCGUCAUUGCAAUUAUCGCCGUCGAGCUGCUCAUCUGUGUUAAGUAUGGCGGAGCUAUGUUCUGGGAGAUCCCAUUCCCUCCAAUGGUCAAGUACCCAUGGUACUUAUUUUUGUCAGUCUCUGUCAUUGGAUCAGUCUACUACUAUGGAUUCUACAAUAGAGCGGCCAAGAAAAAGCUCCAUUGA